GUGAGCUCAUUGAUCCAAUGAUCCACUCGGAGUGAACGAUUGAGAUUCGGAUCAGUGCAUCACGUCUAAUUCUUAGUUUGAUUUGUUGGUUGGUUGACACUUGUUAUUCUUUCUAUAACCUAAAUACAAUUGUUGCCACUGAGAAGAAAUGAGUUAAUUUUAAUAAAAUGGCUACUAGUACAUCCGACGAGGCCAUCAAAGAAAAAAUAUUGAAUAUAGCUAAGAAAAAUCCUAAAGGUAUUUCCGACAAAGACAUAACAGCAGUGAUACCAGAACUUUCUACAGCUGAAAGAGUAGCGGCAAUUAACAAGCUUCUACAACAGGGUUCUAUUGAUUUGUUCAAUCAAGGUGGCUCUUUAAUAUACAGAUUGAAAACUCAAACUCACAAACAAGCUGUUAAAGGUGCAGAUAAUGAAGAAAAAGUUGUUUUUAAUUUAAUUGAAGAGGCUGGAAAUAAAGGAAUAUGGAUCAGAGACAUAAGAAUCAGAUCAAACUUGGCAAAUACUCAACUCAAUAAAGUGUUGAAAAGUUUAGAAAGCAAGAAACUCAUAAAAGCUGUAAAAUGUGUCAAUGCAUCCAAGAAAAAAGUCUAUAUGUUAUACAAUUUAGAACCAGAUAGAUCUAUUUCUGGUGGGGCAUGGUACCAGGAUCAAGACUUUGAGUCCGAGUUUGUAGAUGUCCUAAAUCGGCAGUGUUUUAAAUUUUUGCAACAAAGAGCUGAUAAGAUAAAGAACAAUCCACAGGGGCCUAUUGUAGGCAGAACACAAUCUUUUGCAACUGCCUCUGAAGUACAAAAAUAUAUUACAGAUUUGGGUAUAAGUAAUGUAAAACUAGAAGUGGAAGAUGUUAUAACUAUAUUGAAUACAUUAGUGUAUGAUGGUAAAGCAGAGACUAGUGUGUAUCCAGAUGGGAGUAAAGUGUACAGAGCCAUAGAGCCUUUGUUGCCUACAGUAGGGCUGAUACAGGUGCCGUGUGGAGUUUGUCCACUCAUACAUAAAUGCACCACUACAGGACUAAUUAAUCCUCAAGAUUGUGUCUACAUGAAUGAAUGGCUUGAGCAAUAAAGACUUUUUAUCUUCCAUUUAA